CACAGGAAGAGAGAUGACACGAAGACACACAAGGCAGGCACCCUGUAAGGCAACAGACAAUGAUGCAGGCACCUUUGGGGAAGUCAACUAUUUCUUCAGUGAUGACCCAGACAGGUUCUCGCUGGACAAGGACACGGGACUCAUCAUGCUGAUUGCCAGGCUGGACUAUGAGCUCAUCCAGCGCUUCACCCUGACCAUCAUUGCCCGGGACGGGGGCGGCGAGGAGACCACAGGCCGGGUCAGGAUCAAUGUGUUGGAUGUCAACGACAACGUGCCCACCUUCCAGAAAGAUGCUUAUGUGGGUGCUCUGCGGGAGAACGAGCCUUCUGUUACACAGCUGGUGCGGCUCCGGGCAACAGAUGAAGACUCCCCUCCCAACAACCAGAUCACCUACAGCAUUGUCAGUGCGUCUGCCUUUGGCAGCUACUUUGACAUCAGCCUGUACGAGGGCUAUGGAGUGAUCAGCGUCAGUCGCCCCCUGGAUUAUGAGCAGAUAUCCAAUGGGCUGAUUUAUCUGACAGUCAUGGCCAAGGAUGCUGGCAACCCCCCUCUCAACAGCACCGUCCCUGUCACCAUCGAGGUAUUUGAUGAGAAUGACAACCCUCCCACCUUCAGCAAGCCCGCCUACUUCGUCUCCGUGGUGGAGAACAUCAUGGCAGGAGCCACGGUGCUGUUCUUAAAUGCCACGGACCUGGACCGCUCUCGGGAGUACGGCCAGGAGUCCAUCAUCUACUCCUUGGAAGGCUCCGCCCAGUUUCGGAUCAACGCCCGCUCAGGGGAAAUCACCACCACGUCACUGCUUGACCGAGAGACCAAGUCUGAAUACAUCCUGAUUGUUCGCGCAGUGGACGGGGGUGUGGGCCACAACCAGAAAACUGGCAUCGCCACUGUAAACAUCACCCUCCUGGACAUCAACGACAACCACCCCACGUGGAAGGACGCACCGUACUACAUCAACCUGGUGGAGAUGACCCCUCCAGACUCUGACGUGACCACGGUGGUGGCUGUGGACCCAGACCUGGGGGAGAAUGGCACUCUGGUGUACAGCAUCCAGCCACCCAACAAGUUCUACAGCCUCAACAGCACCACAGGCAAGAUCCGCACCACCCAUGCCAUGCUGGACCGGGAGAACCCUGACCCCCACGAGGCUGAGCUGAUGCGCAAAAUCGUCGUCUCUGUCACUGACUGUGGCAGGCCCCCUCUGAGAGCCACCAGCAGUGCCACAGUGUUUGUGAACCUCUUGGAUCUCAAUGACAAUGACCCCACCUUUCAGAACCUGCCUUUUGUAGCUGAGGUGCUCGAAGGCACCCCCGCAGGAGUCUCCAUCUACCAAGUGGUGGCCAUCGACCUCGAUGAGGGCCUGAACGGCCUGGUGUCCUACCGCAUGCCUGUCGGCACGCCCCGCAUGGACUUCGUCAUCAACAGCAGCAGCGGCGUGGUGGUCACCACCACCGAGCUGGACCGAGAGCGCAUCGCUGAGUACCAGCUGCGGGUGGUCGCCAGUGAUGCAGGCACGCCCACCAAGAGCUCCACCAGCACGCUCACCAUCCACGUGCUGGAUGUGAACGACGAGAUGCCCACCUUCUUCCCGGCCGUGUACAACGUGUCUGUGUCCGAGGAUGUGCCACGCGAGUUCCGAGUGGUCUGGCUGAACUGCACGGACAACGACGUGGGCCUCAAUGCCGAGCUCAGCUAUUUCAUCACAGGUGGCAACGUGGAUGGGAAGUUCAGCGUGGGUUACCGCGAUGCCGUUGUGAGAACCGUGGUGAGCCUGGACCGGGAGACCACAGCCGCCUACAUGCUCAUCCUGGAGGCCAUCGACAACGGCCCUGUAGGGAAGCGGCACACAGGCACAGCCACCGUGUUCGUCACUGUCCUGGACGUGAAUGACAACCGGCCCAUCUUUCUGCAGAGCAGCUAUGAGGCCAGCGUCCCCGAGGACAUCCCCGAAGGCCACAGCAUUGUGCAGGCAGGUGGCCCGUGGCUUCUGGGGCAGGUGGUGGGCUGGGGGAGGCAGGGCCACACACAGCCCUGAGGGCACAUGCUCAGUGGCACCAGAGGCGGAAGCAAGUAGGGGCCCAGGGUGGGUCUGCUGCUCUGGAAGGUGCUGUGGGGAAAGGGGAACCCAGGCCCCCUCCCAUCUCAGGG